GCUACACGGCUUCCGUAGAUUCGCAUGUGACUACAGAAGGUCAGACAUGGCUGCCUGCGCGAAAGGGCUCGACAAAUGUAUACUUUCGCAGAGGUUGUUACGAAAUCUCCAGCUGCGAAAUGAACGGUUUCUGUCCACGUCUGCGUGUCGUCUGGCUGCGGGGACCAGCAGCGAGCAGCCGCCUAAAUUCACCCCCCCAUCUAAACCUGUCAUCGAAGAUAAAACACAGACUGCGGCCUCUCAGCGAAAGUUCCUGAGCCCGGAGUUCAUCCCUCCUAGACAGAGAACAGACCCUUUUAAAUUUUUCCUUGAGAGGAAAGACAUGGUCCGCAGGAGGACUGUGCUCAGCAUCCCUGAGUUCUAUGUAGGGAGCAUUCUAGCAGUGACCAUGGCCGAUCCUAACGCCAGUGGGAAAACUAACCGCUUUGUUGGCAUCUGUAUCCAGAGGGGUGGAAAGGGGCUGGGAGCCACAUGUAUCUUGAGGAACAUUAUUGAUAACCAAGGCAUAGAGAUCUGCUACGAGCUGUACAACCCUCGGAUCCAGAAGAUUGAGGUGCUGAAGCUGGAGAAGAGGCUGGACGACAACCUGAUGUACCUGAGAGACGCUCUGUCUGAGUACAGCACAGUGGACCUGGAUAUGAAGCCUGUGCCCUCUUCCUCUAAUGAAGAGGUGCCUGUCAACAAGAUUAAAGUAAGGAUGCGCCCAAGGCCAUGGUCCAAACGCUGGGAACGACCCAAGUUCAACAUUCAGGGCAUCCGCUUUGACCUGUCCCUGAGCCCCGAGCAGAUGGAGCACGCCCAGAAGUGGGCAAAGCCUUGGGAGGAGUACGACAUGCUGAAGGAGUACGACACCUCCAAACUGGAGGAGCGGAUCCUCAGUGAGGUCCAGCAGGAGAUUAACAAGUGAGGAAGAUCCUCCUGAAAUGCUCUUCGGUUUUACCAUCAACAGACUUUUUCAGGAACGGAAAAAGACUGGGAUAUGAGGUUUGCAUGGAUGCGGAACACUCUGCUGGAUCAGUUUUAAGUUGAUCCAGAUGGUUUACCUCACACAAAGAGGAGCCAACAUGGAAACUGUUGGAUUCUGAGGAGUUUUGCCUUCUUCUUUUUGUUUUUUUAUCAGUCUGCUGUACAGUACAGAGUAUUCAGUGUCGCUGGCCUGAGUUAUGACAUUUACCACCAUGCAGAUCCAUUAAGUGGUUUCUAUAUUAAAAGCUAUUAAACCUUCCAAGAUUUUGAAUGACUUUUUAUUCUCCCAAGAAACAGAAAUGAGUUUGUGUUUCUGUUUUGACUGCUGUCAGGUUUUUGUUUUGCUUUUCGGCCAGUUGCAUGAUUGUUAUUGCGUUGAAGUUAACAAGUCUUGACACUAGGUGGCACUAUUCCUCUAUACAUGUCACAUCCAUCAGCAGUUGCAUAAGCAAGUCUUUGUUGUGUUCCACAGUGUUUUCAGGGAAACUCCUGCCAUGCUAAAUAAACAGAUGGUUUAUUAUGUCAGCCUGUUUCCAAACAGCAAGUUUACUGAAUUAUCUGAUUGUUAACCUAAAAAAAAAAAGUCUCUGUUCGUGUUCCAGAUUUGAGGUUCUACUGGGUUUAACUUAGUAAAGAUUUCCAGAUAAAUCAGUAAACCUGCUUCUUGGAACUG